AGUGGUCAGAAGGAGUAUUUGACCAGAGAUCGUUUGAUAAACUUUCUGAAUGAGGAGCAACGUGAUCCUCGACUUAACGAAAUUCUUUUUCCAUUCUUCGACAACAAUCGAGUGCAGCAGCUUAUUGCCAAGUACGAAACCGAUGAAACAUACGUCAACAACGGUUCGUCGCUUCAAAAUCUGUUUCAAAAUCUUUCUUGA